CAUACAUUUUGUUUGGCUCGGAAGGGGACCAUCACUCUUUUGGAAACCAACCGCGCACGCCCCCCGCCGCCCCGCAUCCUCCGAGAAGCUCGCCCCGAGCUCCCCGCCCCUCUCGACCGCAGAAAACACAUCAGAAACAUGAGCAAGCGCGAAUACUUCCUGCAGAAGGGUCUGCAGAUGCAGCGCCUGGACGAACAGAUCUCCUCCGCCCCCAGCGGCGGAAACGCCUCGCGCGAAGUUGCCAAAUACCGCGAGCUGUGCCCUCCCGCCACCCCAGACAUUCAGAUCCAGAAGCUGAUUGCCCAGUGCAAGGGCGAUGCGCAACGAAUGGAGAACGCCAUCAGUGAGCUGUGGGAAGACUACCGUGGCAACGACCAGGACGCCUGGGCCACUGUGUCCAAGAAAAGCACGAAGAAGAAACAGGAGCAAACACACUCCUCAUCGCAGCGCUCCUAUUCGAAGACACAGCACCAACAGGACGACGCUGAUGCGCCACAGGAUGGCGACGCACAGGGCCCCAGGUCGUUGGAGCGAUUCUCGACUCGAGGCCGUGGUAGCAUGAGAGGCCGAGGCAUGGCCUCCUCGCGGGGUGGUCGGGGAGGCCGUGGCGGCCGUGGUCGUGGUGGCGCUGUUGUGGCCACAGGCAGCACGCGCGGACCUCGCAACGGAGACAAUGAAGAAGAGAGCCCGGAGAACGACAGCAAUUCUACUGACAGCUCCACGCCGUCCAAUGAUACUCGCGGGCAGCCGUCCUCUAAAACGGCGAAGGACUCGAAGAGAGACCGUAGUGCAAAAACUACCACUAAAACGACCACUACGCAGCCUGCUGCUCAGGUGCCUCCUGUAGUUUACCCCGUGCUGACUGGCGCUUGGACGAAGAAGCUGAACGUUACCGGCGUCACCUCAAAGCCUAAGCCUGUAGAACCCGCCCCCACAUCUGCGCCUGCACCCACACCUGCACCUGCAUCAGCGCCCAAGACUGCGGAAAAACCGACUGCUCCUGUUACAGAAACAGAGACUGCUGCUGCUACUGCGACACCGGAGGCCCCCAAGACUACCAGCCCGAAGAAGACUCAGCAGGAAAAGAAGAGUAAGAAGACACAGAAAUUCAGCACUACUGAUGCAGUUGAAGAAGCUACUGUAGUUGUCGACAAGACCGAGACUGUGAAGAUUGUGGAGAAGGUGGCCAGCCCUAAGGCAUCGCCGAAGAAGACGAUGGAGAAGAAGACAAAGACCGUGGAUACGACUGUGGAGACCACUUCGUCGAACAUUGCUGCCGGAUGGGGUGCCCUGGAUGUAGCAACCUCGACUAUGACCGAGUGGUCUUCGUCUGCCCCUGCCACUGAGCCAAAGAAGGCGUCGACCCCAAAUGCAUGGGGACGUGGCAGCCCUGUCCUCUCUCCUCCUGCUAGCAAGGAAGCCGCCUCCACCCCCAAGUCGCCGGUUGCUGAAGCAAGACCGACAGUUGUUCCAGGCUCUCCUAAGGACAUUGAUGCACCUCGCUCGGCUGGAUCAGCGUCGACUAGUCCUCGGCCAUAUCUCAAGAUGGGCAAAUGGGACAGUGCUGCAACGCCGAAUCUGUCGCUUCAGUUUGGAAGCUUUUCGCUGAAUGGCGUGGACACGCUUGAGCCUUCGUCAGAGGUUGGCUGGGGAUCGACGACCACGACGACUACGACGUCCAACUCGAACAGUGGUGGCAAGACUAUCACUAAAACUACCACGACUCAGAGUGCUUGGGGCACCUCCACGAAACCCGCUUCACCCAAGAAGACGCUGUCUCCUGACCGCAGUGAGCAGCAGCAGCAGCGCGCACAGGAAGUAACUACCACGAAGGCUACUACCUCGGCACCCCCCGGACUUUCGGUGGACUCGGGCCGUGUGACGCCUACCACGGGGCAGUCUCCGCGGUACGCGCCUUCGGCUCCGUCUCCGGCGUCUCUACCUAAGCCCGAUGAGGUCAAGCGUGGCACACCCACGCGCGCCCAGGGAGGUCCGUUCCAAGCUCAGGGAGGAGCUGGGGGUCAGACUAACAAGAUGAACAUUGGCUACGGCACGGGUCUGUACCAGGCGUCGUAUGGCCAAUACUCAAUGGAUCUUGGUCGUCCCGCUGCCACAUCAACGCCCAGUCAGCUUCCCGCUGGAUCCGGAACCCCGAAGAGCGCUGGCGCUCGCGGCGGUGCUGCAGCUCAAGUCGCGACCCAGUCUCCGUCGCGUGGACAGCAGCCCGUGGCUCAAAUGCAGCAGAUUCCUCUGCAACAACAGGCACAGCAGCAACAGCAGCAGGUCCAACAGCAAUCUCAGCAGAAGCAGGUCCAGCAGCAACAGACUCAGCAGCCUCAGCAAAACCAGCAGAACCAGACUCAGCAACAAUCGGCGGCCCAGAUGCAUCAGCAGGCCCAGGCCGGCAUGCAGCAGGGCUACCACUAUGCUCCGCCUCCCCCGCCUGGCAUGGCGCUGCCAUACAACCCGUACAACUACGCUGGCUAUUACCAGGGCUACGGAUACUACCAGAACCCGCAGUUUGCUCAGUACAGCCCGCGUACCCAGUACCCUCCGCGCGGCAACAUGCCGUAUGGAGUUGAGGGCCCCGUGCCGGGCUUCUCGAACCCGCCGAACAUGCCUUACCAGGACCAGCACAUGAUGGCUCAGCAGCACGAGUAUGCUGGAGCUGUUCCCCAGGGCUUCGGUGAGAUCAACGCCGCAUACAUGCAGCAGGCGCCGAUGCAGCAACAGGGUGGCCACCACGGCCACCACGGUCAUCAGAGUGGCCCACAGGGACACGGCAAGGGAGGCUCAGGCUCUGGUGCCGGCGGAUCCGGCUCGCAGCAGUCACACGGCCAGCGCGGCAACGCGAGCAUGCAGGGUUACCAGAACGCUGGAGGCCGUGACCACGUGUCACCGCCGGUACCUAACGCGUCGGCGGCCAUGACUGGUUCGUACGGCCAGCACUAUGGCUGGGCAGGUAACUACGGCGCGCAGCCAGUGGGCGGAUGGGGGGGUCACAUGAUGCCGCAGGGCUACCAACAGUCUCCGUCGCAGCAGCAGCAGGUCCCUCAGCAGCAGCAGCAACAGCAGCAGCAGCAGCAGCCUAGCGCGCACCAGCAGAGCUACCACCAGUACGGCAAUGGCGGCGCCCAGGCUGGCAAUAACGCGAAUGACGUGAACCAGGCGCGCUGGAGCAGCUCGUAAGGCCCAUACGCAUUCUGCGCCCCGGCCGGCCGACUGCAGACGGGAAGGAACCGUGUGUCGUGCGACCUAUCGCCACCAUAUUCUUAGCUAGGUAUUGCAGAACGGAUGUUUGGCAUCUCCGCUGCGCCAGUAGCGGCGCAGUCAAGGAGGAGGGAGGACGAGAUAAUGAUACGAGUUGAAGUUGUAUGACUAAAAGACGAAGCGUUCAUCGGUUAUCAGUUCAUCCAGUAGCUUGUGGUGGCAUUCUGCGAGCAUCGCUAAAGAAAAUAUCGGUAGUGACUGCGAAAUAGUGUCGGAAGUUCCAAUUUGGAACUACAUACCACGAAAGCACUAGCGAUGCUCUGCCGCAUCAUCCUGUACAUGUUCAUUGUGGUUUCCUCAAUAGCC